AAUACUUUUGUUGAAAGUAGAGCAGAUUUAAUAUGUUCCGUUUGUUCAGACCUGGACAUGAGCAGAUUUCAGAGUUCUGGGGAAGAGUUAAUUGAGGGCUUGCUUUCAUAAUCUAAACUCGAAGAUGCUUAAUUAGCUAAGCCAAGUGUCCGAUAUGGCUUUCACCAGCAAUAUUCAAACAACCCCUUCAUCUUCUUCCUCUUGUUCCAAACACCAAUGGAAAUAUGAAGUUUUCCUCAGUUUCAGAGGUGAAACCCGUGAGACAUUUACAAGCCAUCUAUGUAAUGAAUUGCGUGAGAAAUUGAUCUACACCUUUAUGGAUGAUGUAAGACUGGAGAUCGGAAGACCCAUUAAGAAGGAACUCUUGGAUGCAAUAGAGAAGUCAAGAAUGGCGGUCAUCAUUGUUUCGAAAGAGUAUGCAUCGUCCACAUGGUGCUUGGAAGAACUUGCAAAGAUUGUUGAAUGCAUGAAAGAUAGAGAGUUGAAAGUUUUGCCCAUUUUCUAUCAUGUAAGUCCUAGUGAUGCACGGAAACAGGAGGAAGGCACCUUUAGAGAUGCCUUUGCUAAACACGAAAAAAAUCUUAAGAACAAAGAAAAUGUGCAAACUUGGAGAAAUGCUUUGAAAGAAGUGGCCAAUCUCUCUGGAUACCAUUUAAAGAACGGGGAUGAGUCAAAGUUUAUCAAAAAAAUUGUUGAAAGGAUAUCUAUAGAAUUGAGCAACACCCGCCCAAGUGGUGAUGAGAACAACCAGCUUGUUGGGAUAGACUCUCGUGUUAAGGAAAUGUAUUUGGAUUAUUUUGAUAUUGGAUCGAAUGAUGUUCGCUUUAUAGGGAUAUGGGGGAUGAGUGGAAUGGGCAAGACAACUCUUGCACGAGUUAUUUUUCUGAAGUACAAUCAUCUAUUCCGAGCUAGAAGCUUUCUCGAAAAUGUUAGUUUGGUUUCUAAAAGAAAUGGUCUAGUUGCUUUACAAGAAAAUCUCCUUUCUGAUAUGAAGUUGAAGGAUGACCAAGAAAAAUGGGAUGUGCUUAAGGGAAUUGAUGUGAUAAGGAAUCGAUUACGUUACACAAAAGUUCUUAUUGUUCUUGAUGAUGUGGAUGAAAAAGAACAAUUAGAAACAUUAGCUGGGAACUGCAAUUGGUUUGGACCAGGGAGUAGAAUCAUUGUGACCACUAAAGAUAGACAUUUGUUAACAAGACAUAGAGUGCGAUUUAUAUACCCGAUUAAAGGACUACACAAAAAGGAGGCUUUACAGCUUUUUAGUCAACAAGCUUUUCAUGACCCUGAUCAAUGUGAAGAACAAGACUUUUUGGAUCUAUGCAAUGACUAUGUGAGUUAUGCCGACGGUCAUCCUUUAACUCUUAAAGUUUUGGGUUCCUCCCUGUUUGGAAAAGGAAGAGAGGUAUGGAGAAGUUCUUUGAAUAGAUUACAAGUACUUCCUCAUAGGGAUAUUGUAAAGAAACUCAAAAUAGGUUUUGAUGCAUUGGGGGAGACAGAGAAAAAAGUGUUCUUAGAUAUUGCAUGUUUCUUCAACGGGGAAGACAAAGAUCGAGUAGUAGAUUUAUUGGAAGGUUCUGAUUGCUUCCCUAACGUUGAUAUCGAAACUCUUGUGGACAAAUCUCUUAUCACUAUUUUGGGGAGAAAAUUGUGGAUGCAUAGUUUAUUACAAAGACUGGGAUGGGAAAUUGUUCGCUGUGAAUACCCUAAAAAGCUUGGAAAACGCAGCAGAUUAUGGCGUCGUGAUGAGAUCCUUGAAGUUCUACGGAAGAAAUAUGGAACAUAUAAAGUCGAAGGCAUAAUGUUAAGUACCUCGUCUUCACACCAAGAAGAAGACUUGAAUCCUGAAGCCUUUUCAAAAAUGAAUAAACUUAGAUUAAUUAAAAUAUGUGAUGUGAAUCUUCCACGGGGCCUUAAUUCUCUCUCUAACGGUUUACAACUAAUCGACUGGCACGAAUAUCCUUUGAGGUCCACAGCGGAGAGUUUUCAACCAAUCAAUCUUGUUGAACUCAUUAUGCAUCGCAGCAGCUUUUUGCAAUUACCAAUGGCUUUUCUUAAUUUAAACAAGUUGAAAGUCAUGGACUUCAGUGGCUCUGAAAACUUGUUGAUGACUCCGGACUUCUCUGGAUGCCCAAGUCUUCAAAGGUUAAUUUUUGAAGGUUGCACAAGAUUGUAUGAAGUUCAUCCAUCUAUUGGAGCUCUCAAUCAGCUCAUUCUAUUAAAUCUCAAAGAUUGUAAAUCUCUGAGUAGGCUUCCGCAUGAGAUCAACUUGGAAUCAUUGAAUCUUCUGAUAUUAUCGGGUUGUUCAAGACUCUCUAAGUUUCCAGAGAUUGGGCAGAAUAUGAAACAUUUGUCAGAGCUUUAUUUGGAUGGGACUGCCAUUCAGGAACUCCCAUUAUCAAUUCUACAUCUAACUGGCCUGACAUUACUAAAUCUUGGAGAGUCCAAGCAGCUUUUGGUUUUUCCGAGUGUCAUCAGUUUUUUACCUGCUCUUAAAACCCUCAUUCUCUCUGGAUGCAAAGGUCAACCUCCUUCCUCUGUUUUAUUUUCAAUUGGUGCACCCCUCACCUUGUCGUUGCCUAGCUUUUUUUCAGGGUUGACCUCUUUGGUAGCUCUAGAUCUUUGUGGUUGCAAUCUAUUGGAUGGAGCACUCCCUGACAAUCUUAGUAGCUUAACCUCCUUGGAGUCUCUGAAUUUGAGCAGAAACAAUUUCACACGUUUGCCAGAGAGCAUUUCUCAGCUUCCAAAGCUUAAGUUUCUUUAUUUGGAUAAUUGUAGCAAGCUUCAGUUAUUGCCAAAUCUUCCCUCAACUACACAAUUUGUAAUGGCUCGAGAAUGUACUUCACUCCAAAAUUAUUCCAAUCAAGUUGUAGUGUCGACUUCAGGUGGAGGAGAGUUCACUGUUAUUAACUGUCUUAGCUUGGCUGCCAAUGAAGAAGACAUUCUAAGUGAGGUUUCCGUGCUAGAUAGACACUUUCACCCAUUGUGGAUGGAGGAGCAAAUUCAUCAAAGUGAAGAAUAUCAUGGCAUUUCUCAGACUACAAUUCCAAUGUGGUUCAAUCAAAACUACUGGUCAUCAAUAUCGAUCCCAUUACCAUACGAUCUCUCUAAAGAUAGUAGUUGGAGAGGAAUUGUGUUGCAUACAGUGCUAGAUACUGAUUUUCAAGGUGUAACUUUGGCUGAUGCCUCGUAUAAUUCUUAUGAGUUGAUAUGUAGCUUGGACAUAGAUGGAGGUCCUGCAACUUUUUCCGUAGUCCUCCCUAAAUACCAACGCAUCCGCGAUCGUUCAUUUGGACUUUGCCUAUAUAUAUCGCAUGCGAGGCUUAGGAACCAACUAGACCAGUGCAACUGCUUCACCGCUCGGUUUACAUCCAACAGCCCUAGUAUUGCUAUCAGAGGUUGUGGCGCUCGUAUCCUCUACAAGCAAGAUAUGAUGCAGUUCGUACAAAUCGUAAGCCAGAAAAAUUUUGGAUGGAGACUUCUACUAGCUCAAGUACAUAGUAGUUUUCAGCUUGGGCCUUAUGAUGAAUUCUAUGCAGCUAGCCCGCUGGACUUUCAUCCCUCCACUAGGUAUAGUUCUUGUUUCCCUCCGAGUAAAGUUCAAGACUGGUUCACUCAUCAAAGUUGUGGACAAUCAGUGGCAAUUGACAUACCCCCAAGAUUGUACUAUAAUGAUAAUUGGAUGGGACUUGUUCUAUAUGCUUCUUUUUCAAUUCGCAGGGAUCCAGAAACCCUCCUUGACAAUUGUCAAUUGCAAAUGGGUAUCCUUUCUUUCCACACCAGUAGACAUGCAAUCAAGCGGUUUGUUACUCGAGGUGGCUUUUGUUGGAUAGCCUACAUACCAGGUAAUCAAUUGACUGGUUGGCUACAUGACAGCAGCCACAUUGCAGCAUCAUUUGUGAGUGAUUGUCCAUUCAUUACAAUGGAUAAAUGUGCACUUCGUAUUUUGUACAAGCAUGAUCAAGUACAAUUCGAGCAAGAACUAAAACAUUGCAAUGAUUUGUUUUCUGAGUACCGAGAUUCCACGGGUCCUUUUAUGGCUGCUCUAGAAAAAUCAAAUGAAACAACAGUACCUGUCCACUCUAAUAAGGACCUCAAAAUUGAAAUAUCGAUAAGGGGCAUUCGUUGUCAGGAGAAGACUAAUAAAACUCGCAGUAGAAGUAACCUUAUGCAGGAUCGUGUAUAUGAUUCAUGUUAUCGUCCAAGUAAAAUUCUGGAGUGGUUCACCCAUCGGAGUGCCGACUCCGUUGUGACAAUCCCUUUGCCUUCAAAUGAUCGUACUUCUUGGAUUGGACUUGCUCUUUGUGCUUCUCUUUCUGUCCCAGGGCAUUCAAGUUACGUUGCUGACAAUCUGGUUUCCCGACUUCCUUCCAACCUCAUUUGUGAUCUAGAAACCGAUAUUGACAGAGUGGAACGUUUCCAUACCUAUUGCCUCACUGAACAUGAUCUCAAGUUGCUGUCAAAGCUAGGUGGAUUCAUCUGGCUGUCAUAUAUACCACGCCGGUUGUUUCCAGAUUUUAUGGAUGAAUGCAGUUGGAUUGAUGCUUCUAUCUCAACCGAUUACCCAGGCUUGAUGGUGAAAAAGUGUGGAUUCCGUCUUUUGUACAAUGAAGAAGAGCUAAAUGAUCAAUUUGAGGAAACAAAAAGCCAUUUCUCAAAUACUCCUGAUGAUAUCAAGGAUCUCUGGGGGAAAUUAUAUCAUGUUGACCCGAAGAACUCUAGGGACACGCUGAUCUCUUGCAGCCUUAAAUACUGUUGGAAGUUUUUUUUCUAUUAUUUUUUGGGUUCUUUUAUAGAAAAGACCGUUGGAAGUUCUUUUUUUUAUAUUUUAUAUUUUAUAUUUUUAUUUUAUAAGAAAGACCGUAGGAAGUUCAUUUGUAAUUUCUUUAUGAAAAUUUUUAGAUAAAAGAACUCCAAUUAUUUUAGGAUAUGACUUUUGAUAUUCUCAAGGCUGAGUUGAUGUAUCUAGAAUUCUCUUUCUAUUAGUAUAAAUAUGUAUAAGCUGUC